CCCGGCAUAUAUCGUCAGUUUAAGAUGACAAAUUGUGUAGAAAUGUUGUCAUUAACAUUAAAAAGUUCAAAUUUUUGGUGCAUUUGGUGUUCGUCGGUGUAGAAAUUAUUAAAUCUCAUUUGUAAAUUCACAUUCAUGAUUGUUUAUAGUAGAUAAUUGAAAUAUAAUUUGUUUUGUUGUGUUUGGUGCGCGUGUUUCAGUGUAACAUGAAUCACAAACGGAAAAUAUUCACGAAUUCACCUUUAGCGUUUAGAGGUAGAUCCAAGAAACCACGUCCAAAAAUAAAUGAAUCCUCAUCUGCCACGCAGGGGAAAAAUCGGCCCCCAACGCGUCGUAAUCCAGCGGAAAUUGUUGAUAAAUCAGUUCAUGAAUUGGAUUUAGUUAAUCAAUCUCCCAACAACAAGUAUCAGACCACAUCGCUGAGUUCUCAGACGGUGACGGAAAAUUCUUGCUCGAGUGUUGAUCACCAUGAAUAUCUACAGUUUUCUUUGCAUAUCACCGAGGAAAUUAUCCGGAAUGAUAUGUUUAAGAAUGAAGAAAUGAUCAGUGUCUUGAAACGACAUUAUGAGGCAAAUAAAUCGAGGCUUGAUCAGGAAAGACUACUUAAAACUAUUGCGGAAUUGUGCUCGGAGUUGAACCUUCCCAUGGACACUUUGCUUCAGUUUGAUCAAAAUGGGACCUGUUCAGGAGUUCAUGUUUUAGCUCACGUGGUUGGUAACACCCGUGGCAGCACGCCGAUCACAGUGCCCUACAGUUUUGGCCCACAUAACAAAUUUGCAUCUAGUCCAUCCGAAAACCGACUAAUCAUUCAAGAGAAGUUUGAUAAUUCAGUAGCUGUGGGUAACAGUUCUGAAUUAGCAGUUGAGAGCUUGGGAUUGCUGCCAGUUAUAAGUGAAGACCGGAUAAGUCAACAACAACCAGAUUUCUUGACUAAUUCCAAAGAGGACAUUAUGCUGCAAAUAUCAAAUGAAAAGGCUAAGGAUAACUUGAAGGAAACCAAUCAGGAUAAUGAUAGAUACGUCAUAGAAGUUCUGAGAUCUCCUACGCGUUUGGAAGACCUAUCCAAAGUUUUUGAAUUUGGCGAGGAGACGCUAACGGCUCCCGGUGAGGAAUCCAUUGUGAAUUUGAAUUUGAUGGAAAUUAAAUUAAAUGAAAUCAAAGAGUUUCACGUUCUGCAUGAUGCCACCGCCACGUUUGUGCAUGAAAGUGAUAAAGAAUCAGAUGCGUCUAUAACCCACCAUGAGUCACAUGUAUCCACUUUGGAUAGUAAUACGUCUAAAGACUUUAAAUCACCCACUAACAAAAACAAAGUUAAAAAUAAUUUGGUCAUUGCACAUUACUCCACUUCAGUGGAGCCUGAGUUAGUGCAGACAAAAGAAUUUAGCGUUCAAACUCAAUUGGAUAACAGUCAGGAUGAAAACAUUGAUGUUUGUUCUCCCAAUUUAGCUUUAACUGCUGGUGGGACUUUUGUAAGUGAUGCUUCUACUCAGAAGCAUAUAUUCCCAACUUCAGAUACAAAACAUGAGAAUGAACCAUCAAAUCAUCUUGUAAACGUUGAAAAUACUUCUGAUCCUGUUGUGGCUUCUCCCAAUAGAUGCCUACGCUGUAAUUGUCGUAAGGUUGAAAGCGAUAAUGAAGUCAAAAUGAGUGAGAAUAAUGGAACAAGCAUGAUUUCAACAGGAGCACAGUACGUUCUUUUGGAUUGUCCAGUUUUAAUACCUUGUGAACACACAAAAAGCAUGGAGUUUUUGAAUGCUAUUGGAAAUCGAGCGGGAAACUACGAAAAAAGUAUUCAUACAAUGAAUAUUCGUAUUCCCCCUACUAAUAUUUUGCAAAAUUCUGUGUCUAAUGUGAUUUCUGGUGCUGUAGACAGUUAUUAUAAUGUGAAUAAGAACAAUCUGCAUCAUGGUGACUAUGAUUUGACACCGCAAAAAGACAUGUUCCAGAGUAAGGUACAAACACAUAUGGCACCUACUCCAAGUCAGAACCCGGUGCCAUUUGGAUGUUGCUCCUGUAUGUCUAAUAUGGCGACCAAUCAGUCAUUGAUCGAUAAAUACGAUCGAUUUGAUUCAGUGGGAAGGAUGGAAAGACUCGACAGACUCGAUAGAUACAAAAAAGUCAACGACAACCUCUCAUAUUUUUACCCAACGAUAGCUACUCAAGUAAGUUCAAUGGAUUUGUUGAGCAAUGGUAUAAAUUUGUAUCCCAACCUGCAAAAACCUCAAAAUAAAGUUAAGCAACACCGAGAGCCUCGUUAUAGUAAGCCAAGACAACAUAAUCAACAUCAGCAAUACGAUCCGCCAAAAAGUGUUGAGAGGCGAGAUAAAUUCGACAAUCAUCCACACAAUUUUAUUAAUUCCUGUGAUUCCAUACCAGAAUUUGAUCUAUUAACAUCUAGAACACCAGGUACUGCAAAUGGUAGUACUUCUAAUUAUAAUACAUUACCUAAAACUGCUUCAGUAAUAUCAAACAAAGAUAAUUUUAACCAUAGUAAAGUUAACCUGGAUAAUUAUCGUAUUGAAUCUAAGCAUAGUGUAGGUUCGAAAAGAACUUACGGUGAAGGAUUAUCUACAUGUAAAAGUCCUGGGGAAAGUGGCAGGAUAAGUCCGGGAAAAUCUCCAGGUGGUUUGAUAUCUGAGGAUGAAGUGUCUGCGGAUAGGACUACAGAUAGAUCUUUAGGAUUAUAUAACAGCACGGAUAGCAUGGAGAAACGAAUUAUGAGUCUACGGCAUGAUAUUGAAAAGUUCAGCAAGGACGACUUAUCGAUUACAAAACGAAGUGAGCCGGAGUCUGCAAAACGUGGUGAUAUGUUGGAUAUAUUGAGGAAGAAUAGUUUAAAUGGCGGUAUACUGCCAUCGGAGUUAGCGCUACCAAGGCAGAAAAAAAUGUCAAUUCUACGCAAACGAAGUAAAUAGGAUGUUUAAAUUUUAUUAAAUUUUGUAUUGUGAAAAUUUCGGUGGAAAUUGUGCGGUUUUUGGAGAUUGUUUAGUAUUGAUCAGUUGUAUUUGCAAAAUGACAAUAAAUUGCAAUUUCUUAAGGACACGCUCUGAGUUCUAUCAAAAUCACUGUAGUGUCAGAACUCGUAGUGUUGUAAGUAAAUAAAGAAAUAUCAGUGUGUAUGUAAACAAGUUUUAUCUUGUGCAACGGGCAUAUUGUAAUGCGCAUCGCAGUAACCGCGUGUUGUCGUUGGCGCUGUGAGCAAUUCGGUGCACAGGCAGUACGAUUUCGGUCAUCGAGUGGGUCGCACGUGUUCAUAGCGACUUCUGUUUCUUUAUAUUAUAUUAUAAUUAAGUAAAUCUAUGUAUAUCCAAUAUACAAUCGACAACAUACGCUGAAUUUGGAUGUAAACAGAGGUUUGCUAGUGUGAUUGCAUGCGUUAUACGUUUAUCAACCGCGGAAUAAUUGUGAGUUUACCUGGGCGCGUGUGAGGUUCCGUCGGCCGUCGGUUAUUAUUUUAUCGCCUGUGGAAUUGAACUCAACUUUGGAACAGAACCUGUCGAUCCUUAAUUCCUCAAAUAUAAGAGCUAUCAUUCUUUGCCGUGCCUUGGAGUACCAUGAGUUCUGCAUUGUCCUCUCUUUGAUUUCUUGAUGCACUGGUAAGUUUGUAAACGUUAUUACAUCAUAAUUACAAAUUUAUCUUAAAUCGCAUGUAACGUGAGUACCGUAAUGAAACAAAAUUGAUGCGUGCGGUCGGAUGCGACUUCGAUCUACCCGUAGAGUAUGGUCGUGUCAAUCAUCGGUUUAAUAACGUGAAUUUUUCCUUGCUUGCAUUUUCUUUUCUAUAUAUAUAAAAAUGAAACCCGUUUCGCGUGGUCAAGCCAUCACAUGAAAACGGCUAGACCGAUUUGGCUGAUUUUUUUUUUUGCAGUUUUCUAAUACUCUGUAGAAGGUUCUUACGGAAAAAAAUAUUAGGAAAAUGUCUCGGAAAGAUUGAAAAAAAAUAAAGCCCGUUUCCCGUUGUCACGCCAUCUAUGUGUGAGAUUUCAGAACGCAUAUAUAAACUUCACAUGACUUACAUAGUAAUCUGUGGUAAUUUGUGACAUACCCGCCGCGCCAACAAUAAGGUUAUUAAAGUUUUUGACACACAGGUUUUUGUUUGAAAAAGGAAAGUCGCUUUCUCUGUCUGUCCCUUUGUAUGCUUAAAUCAUUGAAACUACGCAACGGAUUUUGAUGAGGUUUUUUACUUCCGUGCGAAGCCGGGGCGGGUCGCUAGCGAUGUGACUGGCAGAGAAUGCCUUACGGCAUUAAGUCCGCCUUUUGUACAAUAUUAUUUUUUUGUGUAAUAAAGUUUAAAUAAAUAAAAAAUAAAUAAGGCGGUACGAAGUUCGCCAGGUCAGCUAGUUAUUUCAUAAAUCUGCAGGCUCUUUAACGUAUUUUCGUAGUUUGGCAAUUAAUUAUUGAGAGUAAGAUAUAAGUAAAAGACGAUUUAAAUUUUCUUUCGCGUGUGUGCUUGAGUUGCCGUCGGCGGACACAUGUUGCCUUGCUUGUGGCGUAUCUGGAGAAUCCAUCGCAAAGAAAAUUUCUAGCUCUUUAUUCUUAAAUUAAAAUGUAAUUGUAUUUUUGUUGUUUCACCCUCUCUAAUCGUGAAUCUAAUUCCAUGCAUGGAAAAUUUUGAAUUUUUUUAUUAAAUGUAGCAAUUUUCUUCUUGAAUCACCCUAUGUAUUAAUUUUCCUUGCUCUCUAAUGUAAAACUGACUAAAUUUAUUGGUUCCGGGUUUUCUAUUUAAACUUUGUAUUUUAUUUUUAAAUGUAGAAAUUUCCUAUUUGUAACGCCCUGAAUGUUUGUUUUUCUUGAUUUCCUAUUAUAAGUUUUCUAAAUUUGUUAUUCCCGAGUGUUUUCUUCUUUGAACUAUUGAUUUUCUUUUUGUAACACCCUGUAUAUAUGUUUCUUUUGUGUCCGUGAAAAUUUUGCUUUAACUAUCGUCUUUAGUAUUUUUCCAUUUGCACUUUAAAUUUUCUUUCUGGAACACCAUGUAUAUUAGUUUCCCUGAUCGUCGAGUGAAAACGAGCGGCGUUUGUAGUGUCCAGAGUUUUUUGUUUGCACUUAAAAUUUUCUUUUUGUAACACCCUGUAUAUUUAUUUUCAUUGUCAAUAACAUAGAAAAUGAACUAUGUAUUUGCUAAUUUCAUUAUUCCGGUAGAACUGUACGAAGUGCUAUUUGCUUAUAUGUGCGCGGCUUAGCAGGUCGUAAGUCCGGUUUCAAUAUGGCGACAUGUAUUCUGUUGACUUGCAAAGUCUAAACUUGUAUUCUAUUGUUAAUAAAGAAAUAGUAAGAUA